GCGCCUCCGCCGUGUUUGUGUUUGGGUCGGCGCGUGUGCGCAUGCGCCGUGGCUCUUUGGGUGGGAGUUUAGCCUGUUAGCCGGAGCGUGUAAUGGCGGCCUCGGUGCUCCUGGGGUCUGCUGCGGACAACACCGGCCUGGGCUGCGGCGGAGGAGGCGCGGGACACGGCGGGGGAGCGGGACACGCCGUCCCCGCGGGCCCGGGACACCUCCACGGUCACCUCGGAGCGCCGUGGAACCGCUCCCUGGACCGGGCCCUGGAGGAAGCGGCGGCCACCGGGAGCCUGAACCUGAGCGGCCGGAAACUGAAGGAGUUUCCCCCGGGCGCAGCGAACCACGACCUGACGGACACCACCAGGGCCGACUUGUCGAAGAACCGUCUGUCGGAGCUUCCUGUGGACGUGUGUCUCUUUGUGUCUCUGGAGUAUCUGAACCUGCACCAGAACUGCCUCAGGUCUCUGCCCGAGAGUCUGGUCCACCUGCAGAACCUCACCUCCAUCACCAUCAGUCGUAACCAGCUGUCAGUGCUGCCCCCUGUGGUCUGCUCUCUGCCACUGAAGGUUCUCAUCGCCUGUAACAACAAACUGGUGUCUCUGCCCGAGGAGAUUGGACAACUACGCCACCUCACAGAGCUGGACGUGAGCUGUAAUGAGAUCCAGACUCUGCCGCCUCAGGUCGGUCAACUGGAGGCUCUACGCGACCUGAACAUCCGCAGGAACCACCUGGUCUGCCUGCCGGAGGAGCUGUCUGUUCUUCCUCUCGUUCGUCUGGAUUUCUCCUGUAAUAAAGUCACACAGAUUCCUGUUUGUUUCCGUCGUCUGAGUCACCUCCAGAGCAUCGUCCUGGACAACAACCCCCUGCAGACCCCGCCCGCCCAGAUUUGUAUGAAAGGAAAAGUUCACAUUUUUAAAUAUCUUAAUCUGGAGGCGUCGAAAUCUCCCGCCGAGCUGCCGGAGUUCGACCGGAGACCCACCGCCUACAACCACUGUGGGGAGGAGCUGUAUCCAGGACGGUCGUACGGAGCUCUGGACUCUGGGUUCAACAGUGUGGACAGUGGAGACAAACGGUGGUCUGGAAACGAGCCGUCAGAGGAGGACCUCUCGUCUAAAGUGGCCGAGCUGAGCCGAGAGCAGAGACACAGGAGCAGCCUGCACAACGGCGCCCCCUACUCGGAGUCGGAGCAGAUCGACUUCAUCGACAGCAGUGCGACUGAGGAGGAGGAGGAGGAGGGACGAAGGCAGAGUCUGAGCUCACAGUUUAUGGCCUACAUCGAGAAGAGGAUCACCAGAGAGGGUUCUCCGGUGAAGAGUGCAGCGAGCCGCACAGACGACAGACGCUUACACAGGAGCGUGGUGGAUGGAGUGUUGGCGCCCUCUGCUGAGGUCCAGUCCCGGGUCUGGUCUGGUCCUGGUCCCGGUCCUGGUCCCGGUCCUGGUCCUGGGUUGGAGAGGAUGAGGAGAGAGGCUCAACUUGCGGCUCAGAAAUACGACGAAGAGAGACACAAGAACACGAGGCACACGACCACCUACACCAAGCUUAAAGCUCAGAGUCCGUCAAAGUCCAGUCCAGAGACAGAGAUGUUUCCCUCUCGUCGCUGCACUCACACAGACGACUCCGCCCUGUUCAUGGGUGAGGACAGGACGGCGCUGUCCCCCACAGGGUCUCAGAGUGCGGCGUAUCCCUGCAGACCAGAGAGUUUCCUCCAUCGACUAAAUCACAGAGACGACAAGAGGAGAGGUGAAUCGGCCCCGGCUCCAGAGAAGGGUCCUGUUCUAGAGGGAGAAGACGCAGAACUGGUGGAACAACUACGGAAGAACAUCGAGGCUCGCCUGAAGGUGGCGCUGCCCACAGACCUGGGAGCGGCGCUUACAGACGGAGUGGUGUUGUGCCAUUUGGCAAAUCACGUCCGACCCAGAUCUGUGCCCAGUAUCCACGUGCCCUCCCCCGCUGUGCCCAAACUCACGAUGGCCAAGUGUCGCAGAAACGUGGAGAACUUCCUGGAGGCGUGUCGACGCAUCGGAGUCCCACAGAGCCAGUUGUGUUUGCCGUUGCACAUUUUGGAGGAGAAGGGGCUCCCUCUGGUGGCCGGGACGGUCAGUGCGCUGCUGCAGCUGGCCCCGCCCCGGAACUCCGUCUCCACGACGACCAGCGCCGCGGCCACGCCCCCCGCCACCAUCUGAUGUCACGGCGCCACCGCACGCGCUCAGUCCGCCUCGCGCCGUCUUCAGGAACACUCGGAUUCUACGUACGACGAAGAGACACGAGAGGGAGGGGGCGGGGA